GUUUUUGCAUGAGUUUCCUUGAAGUUCAUUUUUUUGUCAUCAGUUUUUUGUCUCACUCAUACUGUACCGGUGUGCAAAUUAAUACAAAAAUAAUGUUAAACAACCACUAAAGUUUAAUGUGAUGACAGGAUUAGUAAAAAGUGAUUAAUAUCGAGAAAUUUUCAUACGAGAAACAUAACCGAAAUAUAGGAGCGUCGUUUCUUAUCAGUGCUGCGUUUAAAAAUAUAAUCGAAGAUGUCUCUCUGGGCUAGAGCUCAGCAGCUGCCUCCGGAGAGUCUCCAGAAGGUCCGUACCAUCUACGGGGAUCACUUCCCGAUUGAAGUACGCCACUGUUUGGCACCAUGGAUCGAGAGCAGAAUUUGGACUGCAGAACCGGAAGACCAGCAACGGUUCUUCGUGGAUGAGCUGGUGCAGGAGAUCCAGGCUCAUGCUGACCUGAUGCUGUCUCCGGACAUGUUUGUUACCAAGAUGAAGCUGCUGGACGCUGCCAAGAACUUCCACAUGCAGUACAGCCACGCUCCGCACGAGCUGUACGCGUACAUGCGCCGCUCGCUCGCGUUGGAGAUGGACGUCAUCCAGAAUGCUAUGGGUACUCCGUACGUGGCGCAGCCUCAGACCGAGAGGAAGUAUAGUGAGCUUAUAACCGGCCUGCAAACAGUCCGGCAGAAGGUCAGCAUGGUGGGGGAAGAGAUCCGCAGCCUGCAGGCCAACAUCGAGUCCUUCUCGCUGCAGUACCACGAGUGUUUGAAGAAUAAAGGACAUAUGAACUACCUCCAGCAAUCGAUGACGAAUGAGCGCCGCGACCUUGUAGCGUGCCUGCGCGUGCAGAUCGAAGAGACGGAGAGGAAGCUUAACGCUCUUGUGGCACAAAUUAGCCAGUCCCAGAUGGAGCUUGUGGACCAUAUGAAGGAGAACAUCGCUAACUUGCGCCAGCUGCAGAGUCAGGUCUUGGAUGAGGAGCUCAUCAAAUGGAAACGCGAACAACAGCUCAGCGGCAACGGCGUACCGAUGCAAUCCAACCUGAACACCAUACAAGAGUGGUGUGAACUCCUCGCCGACCUGAUAUGGACGACCAGGCAGCAAGUGAACAACGUCGCCCGCAUCAACACCAAGACUAUAGUCGAACUGCGGCAGCCACAUCUCGCUGAGAUGCUGGAUGAGAUGAGUAAACAGGUGACAGGACUAUUGUCCACCCUGGUGACAUCUACGUUUGUGAUUGAGAAACAACCGCCACAGGUUAUGAAGACCAAUACCCGCUUCACGGCUACUGUCCGUUUACUGGUCGGGGGUCAGCUGAACGUGUAUAUGACGCCGCCUCGAGUCAACGUCGUAAUAAUAUCGGAACAACAAGCCCAAUUGCUUCUAAAAAGCGAGACCCAAGCCGGUAAAGGCAAGCAACCGGUGGAAUGCGGAGACAUAUUGAACAAUAGCGGUUCCAUGGAAUACCAGCCAACCAGCAGGCAGCUCAGCGUCAGCUUCCGCAACAUGCAACUCCGUAAGAUCAAGCGUGCCGAGAAGAAGGGCACGGAGAGCGUGAUGGACGAGAAGCUGACCCUGCUGUUCCAGUCGCAGUUCAACGUUGGUGGAGGAGAGCUGGUCUUCCAAGUCUGGACGCUAUCUUUGCCAGUGGUGGUGAUUGUGCACGGCAACCAGGAGCCCCACGGAUGGGCCACAGUCACAUGGGACAACGCCUUCAGCCCACCGGGACGAGUGCCUUUCGCUGUACCGGAUAAGGUGACCUGGGGCCAGUUGGCUGAGACGCUGCGCAUCAAAUUCUGCUCGGCGACCGGAGGAGACCUCUCCGAAGAUAACCUGAGAUUCCUCGCGGAGAAGAUAUUUAGUAUAUGCGCCGUCCCCAGGACCAGUCUCCCAUUGAACAACAUCGAGCUGAACGCGAUGCCUGUGUCCUGGACGCAGUUCUGCAAGGAUGCCCUGCCUGAGAGGAACUUCACCUUCUGGGAGUGGUUCUACAUGGUGGUGAAGGUCACCAGGGAUUAUCUGAGGACCCUGUGGUGUGAUCAUCUGAUCAUGGGCUUCAUCCAGAAGAAGCAGGCUGAGGAGAUGUUGUCCAAGUGUCCCGCCGGCACGUUCCUGCUCCGCUUCUCCGACUCCGAGCUAGGUGGCAUCACCAUCGCUUGGGUUGGUGAGGGCAACGAGGUGUUCAGCCUGCAGCCGUUCACGUCCCGCGACCUGAUGCUGCGCUCGCUGGCCGACCGCGUGCUCGACCUCACGCAGCUGCAGUUCCUCUACCCCAACAUCGCCAAGGACGACGUCUUCUCCAAGUAUUACACUAAACCCGAAAACGAAAUGCUGAAGAACGGGUAUGUGAAACCCGUGUUGGUGACAACGCUGCCGCCGUACAUGUCGUCCUCGCCGGCGUACGCCCACUCGCCCGACUCGCAUCGCAACACGCCCAGCGUACAGAGCAGCUACUUCAGUGCGGCUACACCGGCCCAAACUGAUAGUUUCAUGGAUAGCGAACUGUUCGAGCAGAUUCGAGCCUUCGAACCGGAUGGAAUGGAUGAGUUUGACAUCUACAGUAACAUGAGCAUGAAGUAAGAUGACAACAAAUGAAACACGCGAAAAAUUUUACCUUUUUUUAGUUUAUAAGUAAACAUAGAUUUAUAGACGAGUCAAUUUGCUUAAAUAUAUUAUUAUAUUUUAUUUUAUAAUUAUAUUAUAUUAUACGAAAAAUAUUGUAAUUGAUUUAUAAUUUCUUUUUAAUUUUCUCUUUCACAUGUGCCAUAGGAAAUAGAAAUGUGGGAUUUUAUUGAAAUUUUUUAAUUAAAUAUUAAUGUUUUAAUUUUUAUUAUUAUUAUUUUAAAUUCUUUAUUUUAGUGAAAGGGAGAGAUUUUAAGAGAUGGUUGUGGGAAUAAGAGUACCUAUUUGAGAGCUUUUUUUUAAAGGGGGGAAAUCAACCAAUGACUUCUCCCGCCUUGGGCGAGGCGAGAGGGAGUGUCAGACUCUUACUGACUAAAAACUACCCCGUUCCUUCUCCUGCUUUCGAGCCGGAGCCCCGGUAAUCCCGCUAGGUAGUCCGCAGCUCCGGAACCUAAUUGAGCCCUGAUAUGAUUUAUUAAAUUCUUUACGGAUCAUAUUCGAUUUUAUUUAACAUGCUGAGAAACGUUAACUUCCCAACACUUAUCUACUUAUGCGCAGGUGCCAUAUGAAGGAUAAAAUUUAAAAUUAUAUGUAUAUUAUUCUACAAAUGGCACCUUCGAAAAGUGCCUAUAGGUGCCGUAAGUGGAAUAUAUCAGGUGCCAUUCGUUAGGUAGCCAUUUUAACAGGUUACAUAGGUGGCCAAUGUGGAAUACCUCUUCCUGGGUUUAUGACACCCGCUACAAGAGCAGGGUUGGUGUGACAAAUCUACUAUGACCAUCUCUUAAACUUUAUCCCCCUUAUAAAUUGAGAUUUAAAAUAUCAGUAUGUUUAAAAAUUCAUUUAUUAUGUGCCUUUCUUUUUAAAGUUUAAAUACAGUAAUAGUUUUAAUUUUUAAAAAUACCUACCAAUUAGUUUUAAAUAUUCUUUUUUUAUUAUUAUUAGUUAAAUGUUUUUUUCUAUUAAAUCAUUAUUUUAAAUGUAGAUUUUUUAUUGAAAUUUAAUGUGUUGGGUGUAGAAAUAUAUUACUUGAAUUUUCAAUCAUAUUCAUUGGUACACAUAGCUUUGCACUGGUGGAAACAGACUCAGCUAAGCUAUGUUUUUUAUAUAGAAAGAUGCGUGCUAUGGAUGGCUUCCUUACUAUCGAUACAUCGUAUACUCGAGCUGCGCAUACCUCGCACAGCUACAUAGCUUAGUAUCAGUGGAAAUGGUCACAUAGUUUCACAGCUUAGCUAUUACAUCUUCGAAGCAUAGCUACAUAGCACAUCUCUGGUGGAAAAGCAGACUCAAUCUUUAUUUUCUUACUUAAAUAAAAUUUGGUUUAUAAGUUGUAAAAUUCCAGUAAAAUUUUUUACACCUUGAAUACAUAUUAUUAUAAUUAAUUAAAAUUGUAUGUAUGUGUGUAAAUUCAGCAUUUAAACAGACCACAUGAAGGUAAGCGUCCACAGGCCGGCAUCGUACGCAUUCCGUAUGACGUCAUCGGUACGCAUCGCAUGUAGACAUUGCCGAUGAUGCGGUCCGUACGAUUCGGAUCAGUGGACGCAGUUGUAUGAGUUUCUAUACAAGACAAACUAAAAUCCGUUGCGUGCGAUGCGGGCCUGUGGAAACCUUAAAGAUUUAUUUUCAUUGAUGACUAUAAAAGAAAAUUCUUUCACUAACCACCAUUACUUUUACAAAUGUGACGAAUUGUGACAAUGACGGGGAAGGGGGUCAAAAAUCAUGAAAUUUGUGACGUAAUUUUGUUCAUCAAUGACCCCCUAUAAUGUUAGUGCAAUUUUAUUUUUGACUUAACAAAUGUAUAUGGUAUAGGUAAUAGGGAUGAUGACGGGAUAUGAAAAUUAAAUAUCUAUUUAGUCCGUCGAUUAGGUAAUGAAAAAAUAUUUGACACGUAUUUUUUUUAUUUUGUCAUAUAAGAUAACAAUACUUAGAUAAAACGAAUCAAAGUUUAGGAGUGGGAGCUAACUACGUCUGUUUUGAGUAUAAAACGUACUCUUAAGUGACGUCACGCGAUAUUUCAAAUCGAUAUAUCUUCGAAAGUAUUUGUUUCCGUAAGAAAAUAAAAAAUACGUGUGUAAAGUUUUAAAAUAAUCUACAAGACGGACAUUGAAAUAAAAAUUAGUCAUCUACCCUAUUCUAUUUUGUAUCAUUAGAACUUAAAACGGGAUAUUUACCAAGCCUAUUCGUUUUUGUGAGUUUCCGAUAUUUUGUUCAUCCGUGAUCAUGGCGCUUGCAACAGUGCCGAAAUAUCGGAAACUCGACAUAAAUAAACAUGGUAAAUAUCCCGUUUUAAGUUCUAAUGAUAGUGUUAGUGACCAUGUCAGUUUAAAAAAUAUUCUGUAUUGACUCUUAUUUUUUCUUGAUUAAAUUAAAAAUAUUGCAUUUUAUUUUGUCAUUUCCUUUUUAUGAGUUGCACAAAAAUUAAUUUCCAUUCAACUUGUAUUAAGAUUGCUUUUUUUUAAAGAAUUUGUAUUCUUUUUCAUUGGCCAUAUAUUUUUUUAUAUGUAAUUGGUAAUUAUAGAAUUUAUAGAUGUUAAAAUAUAUGUAAUUGAACGUUUCGUAUUAGUAUUGUAAAUACGUAUAUACGUUGCGAAUGUUAUAUAGUAAUGAUAAUUGUCAAAAUAUAUUUUAUCAGACCGAUAGUUUGCGUCAUUAAAUAAAAUAACGCCCCAGCCGUCGCGAGGUACACUCCGAAUGUGCUUCUCAUGCAUGAGAGGCGGGUGUCUUCAACCUACGGGUCACUGACCACACGACCAUACCACAGUAGUUUCACAACAAACAUUUACCACGGUUUUUUUUUUUGAGAAGUAAAAUCGUCCAAUAACUUCUGACUAAAAACCACCCGGUUCCUACUCCUGCUUUUUGGAAACCUGCUAGGUAGUUCGCAGCUCUGGAUCAGGCAUCAGCCCUACUGGGCCCCAUCUGUGAUGGUCUGAUGGCUCUUUGAAGCGCGCGCGGAACGCGACGCGCCACACGCACGGGUCUGUUUCUGUUCGUUGCUACUUCUACAUACCUCUUUCGCUUCAUCAACAGUCAUCAGUCUUAUCAUGCAUGCUCGUCGGUUAAAGGUACUUUUAAUGUUGCCGUUUUUUAAUGACAAUUAUCAUUACUAUAUCAAACAGUGUUCUUUAAAUGUAUAAAUUAAAUGAGAUAAGAAGCGCACGCUUUGUGUAAUUAAUUCAUUUUUAAAUGUAUAGUUGUCUGUGUGUCGUCAAUUUGUGAUACGAUGUGGCCUUACCCGACCCGAGAUUAGAAUAUAGCGUAUGUAGAGCGAAGUUUUCAUGUUUUUCCUUGUAUUGGCAAUAGAUUUGACCUUUUUUAGAAAUAGAUUUGCCCUUUUUGCAAUAGAAAUGCUACUUUUAGCAAUAGAGUCACCCUUUGUUUCAAUAGACUCGCCAUUUCUUGCAAUAGAAAUGCAACUUUUGCAAUAGAUUGAUGAUUACAGCAAUAGACUCGCCAUUAUAGGCAAUAGACUCGCCAUUAUGGCAAUACAAUUGCCCUUUAUUGCAAUACAAAUGCAACUAUAGCAACAGAUUGGCUAUUAUGGCAAUAGACUCGCUAUUGUAGCUAUAAAUUCGUUCUUUAUAGCAAUAGACUCCUUUCUUAUAUCAAAACUCCUGUUUUCUUUGGCAAUAUACUUGUUCUUACGCAUUGUGCUCGCUCUUUAUACAAUUAGGUUUUUCUCUUUUAGCAAUAUACUUGUCUCCUUCAGCAAUAGAAUUGCCAUUAUAGCAAUGAACUUGCCUCUUUUGCAAUAUAUUCGCUAUAUGCAAUGGAUCUGCUAACAAAACUAGUCUUUAUUACAAACGUACUUAAUUAUCCUUCUCGUUUUCGCUCUACAUAUUAGAAAGAGAUAGAAAUAGAUGUUAGAGGUAUAACUGUUAUAGUUUAUUGAAUGUUAAAUUUAUUUCUUUAUAUACUUGUCCCUUUCUCUCUUAAUAAGUAUGAGAGAGCAAGCAAUACUUGUUUGAUUUUGGCAGUGAAACAGUGUUCUAAUUUAACCACUAAUGAUUGUAGUUCCAAACCUCUCCACAGUUUCGAUUUUUAUUUAAGUAAUAAUUAUACAAACUUUCGACGAUAACAAAGUAAAAUUAUAGUAACUUUAGUUCCAAAAUAUGAGUACCUAGUUACUAGUCUUCUGAUAACGCGGGCUCGCGCCUCGCUGCUAUCUUACUGGGCUUUUUGCGUUUUUCUCAGUAGUAACACGGAGUCUGGAAUUGUGCCCGGUAUAUGGCAAUAAUCUUACCACUUCUUACAUGGGACUUAUAACACAAAUGGUGAAAAGUAGGUGUACAUUGUAUAGCGGCAUUACGUGCCAUAAUGUGCACUUCUCAAAAAAAUAUUAUUGUUUUUUUUUCUAUAACGUUAUACCUCUGAAUCUUAGAUAUUCCACCCUUAUUGUCCCACUGUGUGUUGUGCUAUAUUAGAAUUAAAAAAUAAAGAAUUUUAAUGUUAUUAUAUGUAUAGGAAUACUCAAACAAUUUUUAAAUAUAGCUAGGAGCGACACACGUACUUAGGUAUCGUCAUGAGUUAAUGGUAACAUGUAAACAGUGACGCGUGUAGUGUAGAGAUUGUCCAGUCAACUGAUGGUAGCGUGGACUGUCCAGGCGAUACGUACUUAGGUAUCGUCAUGAGCUAAUGGUAACAUGUAAACAGUGACUCGUGUAGUGUAAUCUAUGUUUGAGUAUUCUAUUAAUGUUGUCAAUUUGAAGCCAGGUUUUGGAAAAAAUGCAAUUAAUUCUUCACAUGUCUAUCAUGUUGUCAUAUUUCAGUAUUUUCAAUCAAAAAUCAAUUCUAUUUAUAGCAAAAUUAAGUUGAUUUUUCAACAAACUUGUGCACUUAAGUUUUUUGGCCUAAAAUCUUCUAGACUUGGCUUAAUUUAAGCAUUUAUAUGUAGUUUAUAUCGAUGUGGAUUAUGGUGCUUAGAAAUAUAUAUAAAAAAAUAUAUGUAUGUAUGUUUUUUUAUAGUUAAGACGAAAUGAUAGGUAAUCAAUCAGUUUUGAGAACAUCCUGUGUAUUCAGUGUUUAAAAAAAAGUUUUUAAAGCAAGAAGUAAGUAUAAAGAGGAGAUGCCAUAAUGUGAUUGUGCACUGUGACACAAACACGGCCCUGUCCAAUGAUAUUAUAAGUAAAAAGGUGUAGAUAGGUUACAAGCGCUCAGUAAGCGCCACAUUAAAAUGUGGACAAUUGGCAACGUGUUUGUAGUAUGGGACGCUAGAUGGGACAUAGAGAGGAGUGCGGUUUGUAACGUCGCGCGCUCCCCGUAAAGUGUCACGCGUUAUGUUAAAGGGACAUCCAGUUAUGACAUCUCCUCUUUGUAUUUACUUCAUGAUAAAUACAGGCCUAUUUUAAGAGGAAAAAAGUAGAUUUCAAAAAGAUUUUUGACUUAAUAUUCACUUUAAAACUAGUUCUUAACGAGAACGCCAUCUAGCGACUAAGUUUGGUAAACACUGACACGUUAAAAAUAAGCUUGUCUUUGCUAUUUUAAUUAUGUAAAACGAAAUUGUUAUUAUACCACCGAUAUAUUAAAAAAAAAAUGUUUAAACAAACUCUUCAGCUUUAUAUAUUACUAGCGACCCGCCCCAGCUUCGCAUGGGUGCAAUGGUGAUAUAUUACGCAUGUAUUAUACAUAUAAACCUUCCUCUUGAAUCACUCCAUCUAUUAAAACCGCAUCAAAAUCCGUUGCGUAGUUUUAAAGAUUUAAGCAUAUAUGUAGGGACAUAGGGGCAGAGAAAGCGACCUUGUUUUAUACUAUGUAGUGACUAACUGGCCCAGCGAAUUUCGUACCGCAUCAAACACCUUUUAAACCUUCCCUGGACUUCUACAAAUAAUUCAAGACCAAAAUUACCCAAAUCGGUUCAGCCGUUCUCGAGUUUUAGCGAGACUAACGAACAGCAAUUAAUUUUUACAUAUAUGUCGGUGGUAUAAUAUAUAAUUUAUAGUAUAUUAUAUAUUAUGUAUAAUUAAUUAGGGCUUUACCGUUAUAUUUCACUGUAGAAUCUAUGUUUAGAACAAAUAUAAUGAUUGUUGAAUAUU